GGCGGCGCCGCCGCCGCCGCCGCCACCGCCUACUCCGCAUUCUUCGCCUCCUCCGCCUCCUCCGCCUCCUCCGCCUCCUCCGCCUCCUCCGAUUCCUCCGCCUUCUCCGGCUCCUCCUGGUCACAGCGCUAAAUCUGGGACCCGAUCGUGCGGAGUUGUGUGCUUUGCCGAAGCGGGACCAGGAAUCCCCUUCAAGCCAAUCUGGUGAUACUUUGGCAGAAGUUAAGGAGAAAAACAUAUCCUUUGAUUGCUAUGAAGAUUGAAAUGAGUAUAAAAAUUGGUAAAGUGCCUGGCCCAUAAGUUAUGGGACAUGUACACAUAUACAGUCAAACACUGUACUCGUCUCAUUUUGACGAGAAAAAAGUGUUUCAGCACUUGGCGGUUGCACGGGAAUCGUCGCCUUUGCUAGAACUUGUAUGAGUCACAAUGCUGCCCCACAAGAGAAAAUGUUUCAUCACUCAUCACUUGCUCGCCAUUUGGUGCCCCUCUCUCACAAUGAAACAGAAGUCGUCACAUCAGCCUCACGGUAGCUCGGGAACAGUGCAGAACCCCCACAUAUUCGUCAUUACUGUCUUGUACUUUUGUGCAUUUUAAAGACUAAUCAUGGGUCGCAAAAAGGUUAAGAGUGAUACCACUAAGCCUAAAAGGCAGUUAAUAAGAACCACAAUCGAAAAGAAAAAAGAGAUUGUAGCUAAGUAUGAGAGUGGUAUAGGUGUGACUGAUAUUGCUCUUAUGUUCAAGAUGCCGAGAACGACGAUUUCGACGAUCGUGAGAAAUAAGGAAGCAAUAAAAGCUGCAAGUGUUGCUAAAGGAGUAAAGUCUGUGAGUAAGCAACGUUCACAGACAUUGGAAGAAGUUGAAAAAUUGCUUUACAUCUGGAUUAAGGAAAAAGAGUUAGUGGGUGACAGCAUUUCUGAGGCAAUUAUUUGUGAGAAAGCUAGGCAAUUGCAUGCUGAUCUGUUAAAAGACAAGCCUGGAACAAGUGGUGAGAGCACUGAAGUAUUUAAAGCCAGUCAUGGAUGGUUUGAUAAAUUUAAAAAGAGAACUGGUAUUCAUAGUGCGGUGAGGCAUGGAGAGGUCACUGAUGAAGAUGUUGAAGAGUUAGUGGAGGCGCACAGAGCAGAGCUCGGCACUGAGGAGCUGCGGGAACUUCAAAGGGAGCAGCAACAGAUAGUGGCUGAGGAAAUUUGUACAGGUGAUAAGGAGGGAAGGGAGGAAGCAUCUACUGCAUUGAUUAAGGAAAUGUGUGGAAAAUGGGUUGAAGUUCAAAACUUUGUGGAAAAGUAUCACCCAGACAAAGCUCUAGCAAGCCGAAAUGUGGACCUGAUUAAUGAACAGACAAUGUCACACUUUAGAAACAUUUUGAAAAAUAGACAGAAACAAGUUUCUCUUAAUAGGUUGUUAGUUAAUCUCCCUAAAUCUGAGUCUCCAACAGUGUUCGGUGAAGCCAAGAGACAGAAAACAGAGGAAUCCCCUGAGAAAUCACCUGAAAUUGUCUUGGAAGAGGACCCUACUUCCUCUACCUCACCACUAUCCCAUUAUGCCAGGAACUUCUCUCAGUACAGGUUCUUUGGCAUGAACACAGCAGGAGAAUUAGACUUGAUGGAACAGACUCCUGUGUUAUUAGGGAAUAAAGCCAUGGCAGCUAGUCUUAUAGAAGUAGGAAAUUCACUUGGUGAUCCAGCUAGUCCUGUAGUGAAUAGCUCUAGAACCUCAGCAGUGGAAGAUGAUGAUGAUGAUGAUGAUGAUGAUGAUGUUGUGUUUAUUGAAUCUAUACAUCCUCCUUCCACUUCUUCGGCAAUAGCCGAUCAAAGAAAUUUUAUAUUUGCUUCAUCAAGAAAUGAAAAGCUACAAGGAAAUUAUUCCAUAAUUCAUUCUUCCUCAAGAGAUUUGGCUUCUCAGAAGGGAAAUGUAAGUGAGACAAUUGUUAUCGAUGAUGAAGAGGACAUAGAAACAAAUGGAGGAGAAAAGAAAACUUUUUCCAGUUUUACUGAAUGGGGACUUCCAGUAACUAAAAACAGAACCAAAGAUGUGGAUUUCUCCACUCCCAGUCUUUCAAGAAGAAAGACCAAGACUGGAGUAGGACCUUUUAAUCCUGGUAGAAUGAAUGUGGCAGGAGACGAAUUUCAGAACGGAGGAUUUGCAACUCAUCAUAGUCCUGAUUCUUGGAUCUCCCAGUCAGCAUCAUUUCCACGUAAUCAGAAAAAGCCAGGGGUGGAUUCUUUAGCACCAGUGGCCUCACUUCCCAGACAGAUUUGCCAGCCUUCAGCCCAGCAGCAACUUACUAAACCAGCUAAAAUCACUUGUGCACACUGCAAAAAUCCUUUACAGAAAGGACAGACAGCUUAUCAACGGAAAGGAUCAGCUCACCUCUUUUGUUCUACCACCUGCCUUUCCUCCUUCUCUCAUAAGCGUACUCCAAAGAAACGCAAUAUAACGUGUAAAAAAGAUGCACCUACAAAAAGGGCUAAUGUUGUUCCUCGAGUGCAGUCGAACCAGCCUCUCCAAGAAUUCUCUAGUUCAUACUGUGUGUCUCCAUACGAAGACAACCAGAGUCUCAGAAAAAGAAUUCUGAACAAAUCAAGAUGUACAAUCUGUAGUAAACUAACAGAGAUUCGCCAUGAAGUCAGCGUUAAUAAUGUGACACACAAACUAUGCAGUAACCACUGCUUUAAUAAGUACAGGUUGGCUAAUGGCUUGAUAAUGAAUUGCUGUGAACAGUGUGGAGAGUACCUGCCCAGCAGAGGUUCUGGAAACAGUGUCCUGGUGAUUGAUGGCCAGCAGAUGAGAUUCUGCUGCCAAAGUUGUGUUAAUGAAUAUAGACAGAUUGUAGAAACAAAAUCAAAAAAAUUGUCCACAUCAGAAAACAGAAAAAGGGAUGCCGUUAGAGAAGAAAAUGAAAGAAAAUUACAUGGAUCAUUUAAUAUACUUUUGGAAAAAAUAGAGGGACUACCAGAAAAAAAGGAAAAGACUUCAGAGUCACAGGUAUCAGCAGAAUGCAGCACAGAUGCAUCACGAACCAGACAGGAUGUGAAUUUACCUACUUCUGUGUCUACCAUAGCUGAUACAUUUCAAGAGCAACUGGAAGGGAAAAAAUCAGAGGACUCCACUCGACCUAUUGUGCUUUCUGCAGAUCCAGGCACAUGGCCACGAAUUUUGAAUAUUAAACAACGGAGUAUUCUUGUUGAAAAUGAUCCACCUCAAGUAAGAAAUUUUAACUUUCCAAAAGACAAUACAGGGAGGAAGUUUUCAGAAACUUACUAUACACGAAUUCUUCCAAAUGGUGAAAAAACCACUAGGUCCUGGUUACUUUAUUCAACCUCAAAAGAUUCUGUGUUUUGUCUAUAUUGCAAACUCUUUGGGGAAGGAAAAAAUCAGCUGAAGAAUGAGAGUGGGUGCAAAGAUUGGCAGCAUUUAUCACAUAUUCUUAGCAAACAUGAAGAAAGUGAAAUGCACAUCAACAACAGUGUUAAGUAUUCAAAAUUAAAAUCUGAUUUGAGAAAAAACAAAACUGUUGAAACCGCAGAACAUAAAGUAUAUGAGAAUGAGAACAGUGAGGGUGUGCUGUUGCUGUACACCUGAUAUACCUGACAGGAUCUUAUGUUCAUCUCAGAGGAUAUCUGUACCUAACAGUUAAUACCAUUGUGUCGUGAGGCACCUACACAGAGUAACUCAACUGUUAUUAGCAAUAAGCAUAAUAGCAAAUAAAUAAUAAAGAAUGUUUCUUUCCCAAAUUGUAAAGCUAGUUGUAUUCAAUAGUGAUUAAUGCAAGUUUCAAUAAAGGGAGUUAAUUUUUUCAGUUAAGUCAGUUCACACCUUUUUAAAAUGGCAUUUGAUAGGUUUGUUUAAUUUUCUGUUCUGAUUAUGUUUAAAAAACUGAGAAAAAGGUUUAGAUUUUUCAAUACCAGUUUGAACAAAAUACUUACGUAAACAAGUGUUUUCAUCAUCAUCAUUAAAAUAAAAGCAUUCAGCCCUGACCUGUGUGGCUCAGUUGGUUGGGUGUCGUUCUGCAAAGUGAAGGGUCCUAGGUUUGAUUCCUGGUCAGGGCACGUGUCUGGGUUGCGGCCUCAGUCAAUGGUCAGGGCAUGUACAAGAGGCAGCUGAUUGAUAUAUCUCACGUUGAUGUUUCUCUCCCUCUCUUUCUCCCUCCUUUUCCCAAUCAAUAAAUAAAUAUUUAUUAAUUAAAAACCUCCAGAAGCAGUUUAAGAGCAGAAUGAGAUAUGAAACUGCACCUUUUUGCUGUUAAACCAAAUACUCGUGAUUUAUUUUAUUUGAGCAAAACAGCGUCAUUUGUUAUAUUCAGUACAUUUUAAAGUGGUGAAUUUGCAUUUUAUUGGCUCUGUUUUAAUUGAUAAAUGUUUUAG